UAAGGUUGUCAAGAAAAUUAAUCUAUUUGUAUAAAGUGUUACUCUAUCUAUCAUCUUAUCUAUAGCGAGUUAGUUAUCUUGUUGUUUGACAUAGUGAAGAGCAGAUAGAUAAACAUGAGUGCUGCUUCUCUCAUUCCUGUAUCAUCGUUACCCUCCCUAGCUUCACCUUUCAAGGGAAAUGUGAAAACCUUGGUGGCAAAACCAUGUUUAUGCCCGUGUCUCAAGAUUCAGAGAACAAAACUCCGUGUUUCUGUAGUUAACAAGGCUGCUUCUGCUUACAACGUGAAAUCCUCCGGUGAGAAUGUUAGGUUUAGGUUGGAUAAUUUGGGGCCGCAACCUGGUUCGAGAAAGAGACCGAAGAGAAAGGGAAGAGGUAUAGCUGCUGGGCAAGGAGCCAGUUGUGGGUUUGGAAUGAGGGGUCAGAAAUCUCGAUCUGGACCGGGGAUAAUGAGGGGGUUUGAAGGUGGUCAAAUGCCGCUUUAUAGAAGACUCCCUAAGCUUAGAGGAAUUGCCGGAGGUAUGCAUGCGGGAUUGCCAAAAUAUGUCAACGUAAAUCUUACCGACAUUGAAAACGCUGGAUUUCAAGAUGGGGAAGAGGUGUCUUUGGAGACACUGAAGGCGAAACGCGUGAUCAACCCUUCAGGAAGAGAACGGAAACUUCCUUUAAAGAUUUUGGCUGAUGGAGAACUAAGCAAGAAGUUGACGAUAAAAGCUGGCGCUUUUUCGACAUCUGCCAAGGAGAAACUCGAGUAUGCUGGCUGUUCACUCAUCGUGCUUCCUGGCCGUAAGAAAUGGGUUAAGCCAUCGGUUGCCAAAAACCUCGCACGUGCCGAAGAAUACUUUGCCAAGAAACGGGGUGGCGAAACUGCGUCUGAACCAGCCCCUGUUUGAAUAUAAAACACUUGUGCAUCAUCAGCAGCAGCAAAGUGGUUUCUUCUUUAUGAAUGAUUCAUUUCAUUUAGUUAUUAUGUUAAGUUAAUGUAUUGAGGUUUUCUCUGGUUUUGGUUCUAAGAAGAAUUUAACGUUGUAUAUCAUAUUUCAUUAUGUUCAUCCAUCAAAACAUUUUGAAAAGUAAAAAUCUUUUAAAAAAAUUGAUUUUGAUAUA